UUAAACAUAAAAAAAUUCCCCCUAAUGAUCUUUUUUUCCUGCUAAACAGAUUUGGGAAGAAGGGUUUGUUUCUUCGAAACCCAAUCUUUUGGUCUUGUUGAUGCUGGGGACAAGAGCAUCAAAGAGGAGAUUCAUGACAUGAACCAAGUUUUGGGUGGCUGUGCAAAAUUCCUCUUAAGAAACAACAGCCAUGGUGAUAGGCCGCCAACAUGCUUACUAUUGAUACUCUAAUACUCUCAUUUGGUUAGGUUUGGGAAGGGAGUGAGCAACAUCCUAAAACACCGAUUUCGAUGUUAAACGUCUCUGGACAGUCAGUUAUUGGGUUCUAAUGUUGUGGAAUUGCUCGGUUACAGUAGGAGAGUUGUGUCUAAUUACUACCACCAUGCAGUUUCUUGAUCAUUGGUCUUUUUCACUGAUAUGAGAUUUUUAACAAUCUUGCAAGAGCUUUUGAGAAAAUGGGUGAGGAAAAGGAUGGGAUGGGAUGGGAGAGUGUGGGGUCUUCAAUUUGACUUGGAGAGGCUGCAAUGUCAAGCAAAGAAGAGAUGCAAUAAAGCAGCAAUCCACAUCCUUCACCAACCCCAUUAACCAAGAACCCAAAUCUAUAGAAUCAUUAGUUGAGUUUUCCUUGUUGUGCCAAGGGAUUAUAAUAUUCCUAAUAGAUUUUAGGAGCUUUUAUCUUUUAUUAAAAGAAUCUUGCAACUCUUUGGUUAUAUAUAGUAAUGUCUCAAUCUUUUCUUUUGGUUUAUAUUUGUGUGCUGGGUUUGGAUUUUGUUUCUGUUCCCUUUCUUUUCCUUCUUCUUCACAAUCAUCAUGUCUGUCAUCAUCAUGUUCCUUUUUUUUUUCUUCAAAUCAUCUUAUUUUACUCCUUUGAUUCUCACCUACUCUCCUAUCUUUCAAAGCCCAUCUCUUGAAUUCCCUCAAAGCGAAAGGCUCCUUUCCCUUCCCCACCACUUCUCUCUCUCUCUCUCUCUCUGGAUGCUUUCCUUUGAGGCCAUGCCACUGUACACUUAAAGCUUCCUCAACAAAGUUCUCAGGGUCACAUUUUAAAAGGGCGAAAUCUUUUCCUAUCAUCGUUUUCUUGAUCAAUCUGCUUUCUUGAUUGCUUUUCUCCAUCUGUCCAAAUGGAAUCUCUCGAGCAAUCUUCUUCUGGUUUCCGCUACCGCCUCAAUUCGGCUCCGCCUGAAUCUCAUCACGGCUUCUCCACUGUUCUUCUUCAAGUGUUUGUUCACAAUGCCAGGAACAUCCACAACAUCUGCAUCUACGACAAUCAGGACGUCUACGCCAAAUUCUCUCUCACGUACAACCCUGAUUACACCAUCUCUACCAGGGUCGUUCACAGGGCCGGGAAGAACCCGGAGUUCAACGAAAAGCUUAUGAUCAGUGUGACCCAGAUCGAUGCGGUCCUCAAAUGUGAAAUCUGGAUGAUGAGCAGAGCCAGACAUUACAUGGAAGAUCAGCUUCUGGGUUUCGUUCUUGUCCCUGUUUCAGACAUCAUAGGCAAAGACACGGUCACUCAUGAGUACAGCCUUUCCUCCACUGAUCUCCUCCAUUCCCCAGCUGGUACCAUAAAGCUCACUCUUUCGGUCAUCAACCCUUCCGUUGUCUCGAUCAGCAGUCUCUCGAAUCCGAAGAUCAUCAACACUUCGAUAUCUUCCGAGGUCGUAUUGCUUGACCCGCAAGUUUCUGAAGCCGAGUCUGAUGACCCUGCAGCUGAGUACACGAGGAUUGAGUUUCCUGAUAUGAAUGUUGCUAGCGAGAACAGGCAGAUGGUUACAGAGUACUUCAAUGGAUUGAAUCUCAGACCAAACAUGAACCCAGUUGCCGAAUUCGCCUCUUUUCUUUGCCUCGGUUCCUCUCAUCAGCCCGAAACCGACAAAGACUCUGACACGACAAUGGUCUGUUCAGAAGAAAACGCAGUGGGAAUUAUGUUUUCUCCGAACUUGAGUUUCCAAAACUCCGAAUUCAUGGCUUCUUCUUCAACCACAACAAGCUUAAGCGACGACAGAAACACCGCCGAUUCAAACGAGAAACAGAAUCAUCAUUUGGUGGUUUGUCAGAGUUCAAGUAAAUGCCCAGAGACACCGACUUCGAAUGCAGAAGCAAGAACAGACCAGGAAGAGACGAAGAUCAAGAGAGAAGCGAACAAACCCGGAUUAGGGCAGCUCUUAGGGGACAUGAAUCUUGAAGCAGAGCAAACAGCAAUGCAGAAACAGAUCGUCGACAUGUACAUGAGAAGUAUGCAACAGUUUUCAGAAUCAUUGGCCAAAAUGAAGCUUCCUAUGGAUCUUCAUCACAAGCCAUCUCUUCAACGCGACGAAGAUCAGAACACGAACGGAAAUAACAGCAACAGUAAUGCACCGAUGCAGAUUCAGAACCGAGCUAAUGGAUUGGAAAUCGAAAAGAAACAGGACAGAUCUCGUGUCUUUUACGGUAGCAGAGCCUUCUUCUAAUCAAGUCUACAAAGAUCACAUUUCUAUUAAGAAACAUAACACAUGAGUUUAUUAUUAACACUUCGGUUCUGUCCUUUAUUUUUUGGGGUUAUGUUUUCCUCUGUGUUUGAUUCAGAUCAUCUUUGUAGACCUAAUCCAACGAGUUUGGUGAUGCAACGGCAUUGUUCUCUUCUUCACGUUCUUAUAUUUUUUCCCAUCUAAUUGUGUCUGUCUGUGUG